AUGCUCAGCGGCCGAAUCACAUCCACCAUCACCUUCCUGCGGCAUGCGCAGCCAUUUCCCCCUCGCGGCCAGCAACGCCUCGCGCUGCACGUUUCCGAGUCCGCAAACUUUGCCAUGUCCGUCCCGGACGAGAGGCCUGCCGCCGCUGCCGCCACCAACCAGGGGAGAGGGCUACCUAGCAGCUCAAGGCAGCUGAACCGCUCGACAUUCCAAGGAACUCCUGCGCUUGGCUCCCCAGAGCUAGCGUAUGGCUGGGAUCGUGGACUGCCCACGGUGCAGUUACCACAACUGCGUCUCGAAUCAAAUAGAGCCACGGCCUCUCCUCUCUUUGUCCACGAGCCGAGGGCAUAG